AUGGAUUCGAGAGAUUCUUCCUCAAAAACCAAAUCAAAAACGAAAAGAAAUCCUUCAAGCAAAAGCUCUCGUGUGGUUUCAACACGGAGAAAGAAACUACCAAGAGUCAAACAAGUAAUUCCGGGUCCUGAUAACUUGGAAGAGUCUAAAGAUCAAACAUUAUUGCCUCAAACAAAUGCCGUGGCUUUAGACCCGUCUCCAUCAAUAAAUCCUCAACCUUCUUCUCCUUCCACCCCAGCUUCCACACCUGCGAAACGAAAACCGGGUCGCCCUCGUUCUCAUGCCAACGGGGGUUCUAGUAAACAGCGAAGACAAAUAGGUCUUGAGGAAGAACAGAAAACAGAUUCGCCAGAAAAGUCAAACUAUGCCGAGGCAGAAAGUGAGAUUGAUGAACAAGGCGAACUAAAAGUUACUAAAGAUGGUGAAUUACUGGGUGGCAGAAAAUAUAAGCUGCCAGUUUUUCAGCUUUCAACUCGUGGAAACACGUGGUUUAUGUUAUCAAUGGAUCCAGCAAAAUUAUUAGGGUUUCGUGAUAGCUAUCUUUUCUUUUUAAGAAAUCCUUCAUUAAGGAGAAUCUAUGCAACUGAUGCCGAACGUGAUGAAUUAAUUCAACGUGGGAUUUUGAUAACAAAUUUCCGUAAUCGACAAAUUGCACUAGUGUCUGCGCGUUCUACAUUCAAGUUAUUUGGACAUCAAGUGGUUGAAGAUGGAAAAAGAGGCGUGGACGAUUAUUCGGAAUCAACUCACAUAGUUACAUAUGAAAAUCCAAUAAAAGAGAAUAGUGAAGAUCCACCAUCAAACACGUUUCCUGAUAUAUUAUCGAAACGAGCUACCGCGAAUGCGCCAGCGGUAAAAGUAAACGAUAUUAAUUGGCUGCACGAAAGCGCGUUAUCAGUAAGGGAGUUCAAUGCACGAUUAAAAAUUCAUAGAAAAGAUAAGACGCCUUUUUAUGAUAUUCAUACAAACAUUGAACAAGUGCCUAAAGCUACUCAGCCUACUCGUAUUAGAGUUGAGAAAGUUGAAGUGCCUCCUUGCUCAUCUCCAUCAUUGUCAUCAUCAGAUCAAAGAGAAUCUGCGGUGGAAAAUGAAGUUCAUUUUAAAUACGAUAGCUUUAAUCACAAUUUGAAAUCAAUCGAUAAAGAUGUUUUGGAGGUUGUUCCUCCAGAUAUUCGAAACAUUAUAAAUUCAUAUCUAAAGCAAGAACCUCCCGAGGAAGAUGACAAACAUCCGUUGGCUUUAAUGGAUGAUCAAUUUCAAUCAACUUAUCCAUUACAUCGAACCCGUUUCAACAAAAUUCUUCCUAAAAUUCCGACAUUUUCGCAAUCAAUUACUUAUCCUAUGCAUGUUCCAUUACCGAUGAAUACCAAUUAUAAUCAACUGCAGCAACGCCAUUACCAACAACCACAAUAUUAUCCUCAACAAUACCAACAAAACCCAUAUUAUCAAAGUUAUCCACAUCAACCUCCUCCUCCUCUUCCAUCUCAGCCUCAACAUUAUAACUACUCAAUCCCACCAACUCGGGCUGGGCGUCAUACUGAAUCGAGUCAAUACACUCAUUAUAAAAGUGCACCUCAAUUUCUAUGUGGCGUCCUUACAGCUAGCACGGGACAACCUUGCAGGCGUAGUGUUUCUUUUGAAGGUGAAAGAUGCCAAUUUCAUAAGCAUCUGGUUGAUACACCAAAUCGACAAAACAAUCCCCCUGUCAAUGUUACCCCCAGACCAAAUUCAUACGUACCAGUGUCACAAGCGCCAACACCGCCUCCAGCUGUGCCUAGUACCUGUGUAUUUUGUCAUAAUUCAACAUGCCCAGAGGAAAAAUCUUCAGGAGCGCCUUGUUCUUCAGAUCACAUGAUAAAAUGCGCCAAAUGUUUGCGUAAUUAUCAUCCGUUAUGUUUGGGACUGAAAACACCAAAACUCAUUGCCGCUCUGGAAAGUUAUCCUUGGCAAUGUAAUGAUUGUAAAUUAUGUGUAGUAUGUCGAACUUCGGGUGAUGAAGCAUCAUUGCUAAUAUGUGACGAUUGUGAUCGUGGUUGGCAUACUGGAUGCUGUGUACCUAUAGUGACGCACGUACCACAGGGGAAUUGGCUGUGCUCCAUAUGUGCAAAAUGUCAUUCUUGUGAGAAAAAGGUAUCAUCUCACAGUAAUGAAGAUGAUACAAACAAAUUUAUUUCAGCAACAAUACCUCCACAAUCUGAUCAGAUCAAAUAUUCUAUUUACUUGGCUUCCUAUUGCACCAAAUGCUAUGAUAACUUUAUUGCCGAUCGAUUCUGUCCUCUUUGUUUAAAGACUUAUUCGGGUGAAGGGGAUGAAAAUGAAGGCGAUGAUGACAAUGACAUGGUGUGUUGUGAUCGAUGCGACCGGUGGAUACAUUGUGGCUGUGAUGAAAUACUUACUCCAAAAAAAUACCAAGAAUUGGUUGAAGAUGCAGACGCGAAUUAUCAGUGUCCUCUUUGUGACAAACGUAUUGUACCUUUUAAAAAUAUUAGUGAGUCACAAUUAGCUGCUUUGUCUGGCAAAAUACCACCAGUAGCCACUCCUGUCGCGAAAAUUGCCGGAACUAGGGAAAUUCGUGGUAUUGUUGGAUAUAAAGAAAAAAUUAUUGGAGUUCCGCCAAUCAGCGGAUGGGGGACUGAAGAUGGGAGAAGAACAGGAUAG